AGGUGAGGGGAGGUGGUGGGGGGGAAAGGAAAGGAAAGGAAAAAAAAACCAUGGGCUCGAUAUUGAGCAGGAGAAUGGCAGGAGUUGAAGAUAUCGACAUCCAGGCGAACUCGGCCUACAGAUACCCCCCAAAGUCUGGUAAUUAUUUUGCCAGUCACUUCUUCAUGGGCGGUGAGAAGUUCGACACUCCACAUCCUGAGGGCUACCUAUUUGGUGAAAACACGGACUUGAAUUUCUUGGGAAACCGACCCGUCCAGUUUCCAUACGUGACGCCAGCUGCUCAUGAACCCGUGAAGACUUUACGGAGUUUGGUUAAUAUUCGAAAAGACUCCCUCCGGUUGAUCAGAUACAAAGACGAAGCUGACAGUCCUAGUGAUGAGAAUGCCAAGCCAAGAGUACUGUAUGGUGUGGAGUUCACCUUUGAUGCUGAUGCACGCGUUGCCAUAACAAUCUAUUGCCAGGCCUCCGAGGAGUUCCAGAAUGGGAUGGCAGUAUAUAUAUCAAAGCAUCCAUCCAUGCAGUCCGAAACCAUGCAUUACAAGAGAGGAGUGAGCCAGCAGUACUCACUUCCAUCUUUUAAGAUUGAUAUCUCUGAUUGGAAGGAAGAGGAGCUCAACUUUGAUCUCGAUAGAGGAGUAUUUCCUUUGGUCAUCCAGGCUGUGGUCGAUGAAGUGGAUGAGUACUCUGGGCACGCCCAUAUUCUUUUGGCUGCAAUGGAAAGACAUGUCGAUGGAAGUUUCUCUGUGAAGCCCUUAAAACAAAAGCAGAUUGUUGACCGGGUCAGCUAUUUACUGCAAGAAAUCUAUGGUAUUGAAAAUAAAAACAAUCAAGAAACCAAGCCUUCGGAUGAUGAGAACAGCGACAACAGCAACGAAUGUGUUGUGUGCUUGUCUGACCUCCGAGACACUUUAAUCCUUCCCUGUAGACAUCUGUGCUUAUGCAGCACUUGUGCAGACACACUACGCUACCAGGCUAACAACUGCCCUAUUUGUAGGCUGCCGUUUCGAGCACUGUUGCAGAUCCGAGCUGUGAGGAAAAAGCCUGGCACUUUGUCACCCAUUUCAUUUAGUCCAGUCCUGGCACAAACUAUGGAACACGAUGAUCAUUCAACAACUGACCACAUUCCCCCAGGAUUUGAGCCCGUUUCUCUUCUGGAAGCUUUGAACGGACUUCGAUCGGUCUCUCCAGUAAUCCCUUCUGUGCCUUUGUACGAAGAAAUCAGCUAUUCUGGGUUUGGAGAUGGCCUGUCCCCAUCAGGCAGGCAACUGUCAGCAAUCGACCGAAUGAUAGAUAGCGGCCCUCAAAAACCCAAGUUGAGCAAAUCCUCAGAAAGCAGUCUGCGAUCGCCAUCCUCCCCGAUACAAGAGGAAGAUGAGGAGAAACUUUCUGAGGAUUCUGAUGUUCUCUUGCAGAAGAGUGAACCACAACCUCUGCCAAAUGAGCUGGGCUGCCAGGAGAAUAUUGCAGCUGAAGAGUCUCCAGAUUUAUUCUCAGAAAAGGAAGCUGUGAGACCCGACUCUGAAGAUAUUGUACAGGACAGUGAGAAGGAAAACAGCAGCCUCGAUAAAGAAGAGGGGGAGACUCCUCUGGAGGUUUGUCUGCCAGGAACCUCGGACUCAACUGAGAGCCUGAAAAGCCAGAGUACCAACAGCUCAUCUCAACCUCUUCUCCCUGUCUCCAGUAUUAACCAUGUAGACGAUUUGAACCAAGUUUUGUGAGCAACAGUUGCAUGUGCCAUGUUCUGCCCAUGUCACAUGGAACUAUCUUCAUGUUGUACUUAACUGUUUUAACAUCUUAACUGUGUACCAAUGCUUUCUAGUGCAGUGGGUGCAUCUUAACAUUUGCACCACGUAUGUUUUUUAAAAGACCAGCUUGUCUGAAACUAGUUUCCCCCUCUUUGUCCUGUGACUUUGACUGUAAUUUGUACCUUUAAAUUGUUUAGAUUUAGUUUGUUUCGAACAACUGUUCAAAUGCAAAGAUCAUUAUUAUUAUUAUAAUAAAUCUAACCCAAUUUAUAGUGGCUGCAAUUGUAUAAUGUGACAAAUACACAUUCUGUUUGUUAGAUUCAGCAAAUUACCAUUUUUUUAAAAAAAACCUCCAUUGAAGGGACAUCACCGUCAGCUCAUAGACUAUGCUUUCAAAUGAAUAAAAACAUCAACAUUCAGUGGUCCAAGUUUGAAAUAUCAAAAUCCAUAAAGUAAAUGGGUGGAAUAUUCAUGGCAGUUGGCAGCUUUUAUUUAACAUGGGUUAUUAGAGUUUGCCACCAUAGGAACUAUCAAUGGUGAGAUGAUAACACUAAACUAAUUUGUUGUUCAGACAAUGCUCUGUAAAUUGGAGAAUGUCAUCUACUUUUUCUGUGUAGAGUUAAUCCAGUUUUUUCGAGGGUGGGGUGGAAUUGCACAAAUUGUCCAUUUUUAUGUUUUGAUCCUUUCCUGUAAGUGAAAGUUUUACUUUUCCUAUUCAUGAACCAUCUUUAGUACGCAGAUUGAAUGAAUGCAUGAAUGACAAAUAAGCAAUCUUUUCAGGUGUCCUGUGUAGCAGUCGCGUGUGUGUUGUGUGUGGGUGUGUGUGUAUGUAUGUAUGUAUGUACAGGCUAUAGUUUUCAUGGUGAGUGAAUAAAUUGUUAUCAUGUAUUUCAUGACAUUUGUUUGCAGAUCACUUUAACCCCACGUGUACAUUGCAGUAACAUUGAAGUCUUGACGUACGCUAGCGUUUUAAUGCAGUUGAGUACUGUUUGUCCUGCCUUGUUAUCGGUCUUGUGUCGUGGUGUCAGCCUUACACUGCACACGUCAGUGGGCCAAUGGAGUCGUUGAAUAUUUUCUUGGAUAUGAGAGCAGCAGAACUGUGAAUCUGCUUCCUGUAGCGAUAGCUCGCCUUAAACUAGACUCACAACAUGCCAUUGCCUGUUUCAGACCAAUCCUAACACUAAUCCGCAUUUGUGUUCGGCAAAAACUCUCAACCUUCAACAAUUUGUAUAACGUGAGGAUUCCGGUCAUUACACCUGGUAAUAGCGCUGUUCAAAUCCUGCUUUUACUUUCUGUUUUUUUAGUUUGUCCGAAUUAUUUUCAAAAAAAACGAUUAAAACUUUGUACUGAUUGUAAUUUUUACUCGGUUUUAUUUGGUACUAAAUUGACUAAUAUUUGACAAUUUGUUUGUGAGCUGCAGAGAUUCAGUCCCUUUUGCUUUUUCCAUAACAUUUCUUCCAACACUAUCGCGUUUAACCAACUAGCGUAAUACUUUUAUAGCUACGAGAAAAGAAUUGGCACAGGCAUGCACGAUUUUAAAAAAAACUAGGCAGCUAAUUUAGAGUAAGCAUAAGUACUUUGUAACAGAAAAAAAAGUUUUUCAAACAACCUGUAAAGAAACUGUGAGGAGAUCCACAUGUUUUAAUACUGUCCUUAAGCGGGUAUAUAUUUUAGAUAGAUUAGUCUAUGCUAUCAGAAAGGGAUAUGCACUCUGACCACACUCUGAAUCUGUUCCCACUCCAUUCAGCUUUACGCAAGAGAAACAAUUAACGUAUUUAUACAGCUUAAUCCACCCUAAGCAGAAUUUUCCAAUCUAUCGAGUGUAUUGCAGCUUUUUUUUGUUUGGUGGGGGGAUAAUGUAGCAUUACUGUCCUGUUUUAGAUUGUUCUCGUGUUAACAGUAACCUUCGUUCAGCUCCAUCUGCUGAGGUUGUGAUCUUACUCUGUGCCUUGUAUCUGGUCAGAUGAUGAAGGUACGUGCGUACGUACCCGCAAAACAUCAUUUGAUCUGUGAUUGUGAUUCCGCAAAAAUCUUGUCACGUCAAAACUCUUUUUUGGACGGAGAUGUUAAUUUUUCUACAUGAUGUAAAUAAGAUGCUUUCAAGUCGACGGGUUGCGAACCGAGACGGAAGUCGUGCAUGAAAAGCGUUAGUGUGGUUUUCGUGUAGAAUCCCGACGCAGUUAGUUCUGUGGUUAACUGUAGAUUUUAACAUUUGGUCACUUACUUCCAAGUUUAUAACGAUGUGUAAAACGCAUAAUUUUAACAACAAAAAAAAAAGCGGCCGUGCUGUAUUCGCAUCAGAAUGUAACUUUGCAUUUUGUUUGAAGGAUAUCGGAUUGUAAUAAAAUGUUCCGCAUUAGUGAUCA